UAUACAGUGCCUCUUUCUUUCUCGCGUUCGCUCCCUCACACGCAGCGCUUCUCCUAGAGCUUUCUCUCCCAUUCUCCGCUUCGUUCGUCGUCACUCUGUAAGCUUCUCACAAUUAGGGUUUUUGCCUUGUUUGUUGGAGCUCGCAGACGAUCGGAGAGGGAGAUAUCUCUCUCGAUCGACCUCAAGUAACCCUAGCAAUCCAUGGUGUUUCAGGCAUUGUCGGAAGCCGAGACAUCGCAGAGAAAAUCCAUGGCCACUGCGCCCGUCAAAUCGCAGCCUCUUCACAAUUUCUCCCUUUCGUUCUUGAAGUGGGGGAAGAACCAGGUUAACAAUCACCGCUGCCGGAAACCAGCCGAUACCACCCGAGAAUCCCCGCCGCACGAUCACCGUUCCUCGGCUUCCGAGUCCGAACCCGACGGUGCCUCCCUCUGCAAGAAGGAUUGUGAUUCGGAGGCUCGGAAGUUACCGAUCGGAUCUCGAAGUGUUAAGAAUCGUUUCUCGUUCGCCUCCUGUUCCACUACUCCGUCGAUGGAGAAGUCGCCGAAGAGCCCCACCGCAUCGGAAACUGAAGCUGCCGGAACUGAAGACGGUAGGAGUAAACUCUUAAUUCGUCUUCGACCUGGAGGAAAGGAAGAAUCCGCGUCGAAGAACAAAACUGACGUUGCUGCUGAUGAAGAAGGAAAAGAAGUAGAGGAACCGGUUUCGAAGCCGUGGAAUCUGAGACCGAGAAGAGCUAUUUUCAAGGCUCCGAAUGAGAUCGGUGGUGUUUCGAAGAAUGGAGAAUUGCAGGAGAAUGUCUUUGCAUCACACCCAGAGAAUCUUCCGAAGUCUCUUCGGUUGAGAGGUUUUGCCGAAGCACAACAUGUAGAGAAGAAGGAGAAACAGAAAUUCUCGAUCUCGCUUUCCCGUGAGGAGAUUGAAGAGGAUAUCUUUGUGAUGACCGGGUCAAAACCAGCUCGGAGGCCGAAAAAGAGAGCGAAGAAUAUACAGAAACAGCUGGAUAAUGUUUUCCCUGGUUUGUGGUUGGCUGGGAUUACUCCCGAUUCAUACAAAGUUCCUGAUGUUCCUACAAAGAGGUAGAGGCCAUAACUGUGUGUUUGAUUAUUGGAAGAUUCUGGAGUUUGGAGGCUGACUGCUUCUACAUUGAGACCUCAAUUGGAGGUACAAUACCGUAAAUCUGUAAAGAGGAAAGGAAACCAAUAAUAUCUAAUUAUUGAGCUUUUAAUUAGUUUGUAAUGCAACAUUUGAGAUGCAUGGCCGGAGGGUUUUAGCUGUUUUCCUUGUAAGUAGUUUCAGAUGUAAAUAUGAAGGAACAGAUGGAUGAAUUGAGUGGAUCUUGUUCUUUUUUUUUUAUUUCACCACGGAGAGUUGUUUUUCUUCUUCGUGAGUCCUGCUUUGGUUAGGAGGUUUUAUGAUUUAUUGAUUAAUUAUAAUUUUCCGCAGGCAUCCCUCUUUCUAAUUA